CAGGAAAGGCAUCGCCUCUGUGGCUUGAUGUUGUUUUAAGAAUGCCAAAGUGGCAAGACUCCGACAAGGACUUAGCGGUGGGUCUGUAAUGAUGGAUCUUAAAGCUUGAAGUUUGAAGCUUGACAAGCAACCAUCAUGAUUACUCCCCAGCCAACAUCUAACAACAUUCUCGUUACCCUCCAACUGAUGACCACUGUUCCCCCGUGUUUCCAUUGGGCAAUAUUUGUUGGGGAUCCGAGUUGCUCAACUCCGUGCAGUGGGAUCAAGUUCCACGCCAUCACCGUCGGUCAACAAACUGAAACAGGCUGGAGUUAUGACAAAACGGGGUUCAGGAUAGACACAGUGGACUUUGGCGUAGUUGUUGCUGUUGUCAUUGGCAACCUGAAGGGGAAGUCGGUGGACGAUAUUGAUAACGUUUUGAAGAAUAUACCGAUGCAGGUGCCUGCUAUAGAUGUCGAGAAAGAACCUAGGUUCUCCUGUCGAGUUUGGUGUAGGGAGGCGCUGAGGAGACUUGAUAAGGAAGGGAUCAUUUCUUGCAGCGACAUCAAUGCUAUGGAGAAGGAGGUGUGGGAGUACGGAGAAGCUGCUGCUGAUAUCCUGGAGAAUCACAAAGAAGAUUGGAAAGGACCUUCAUUAGUGACGGCACAUAAUUCAAAGUAAAGGUUGCAGUUACUCUUCUAUAUAACGCUGUGCAUUGGUAUAUACACACCGGAUAGAUGAGAAUUUGAGGGAAGCCAGAAUAUACACAAUAAGGUAACGGUUUGGGAGGUCGAUCUUGGCAGUGAAUUUACAUAAAAUCUGCGUGCUCCUGAAACUUAUUUCUAGCGGGCGGCAUGGAUUUU